AUGACCGUAUGUGGUGAUGUCAACUGGGAUCUAUUCGAAGCAAGGGUAAUAUGUAGAAUGCUGGGGUUCGACAGUGCCCUGGACGCGCCACGAUCGGCUAGAUUUGGUCAAGGUUCUGGUGAUAUUCUUCGUGUCGGAUGCUGGGGAACAGAAGACAGCCUGAUCCCUUUCAAGUUCGUGUUGUCGGUGGAUUUAACGAUGCUGUACGAUGGAUCCUGGGGAACUAUCUGUGAUCGCUUGUGGGAUCUUAGAGACGCGAAGGUGGUUUGCAGAAUGCUGGGGUUUAAUGGAGCCUUGGACACACCGAUAUCUGCAAGAUUUAGUCAGGGCUCUGGUCGUAUUCUUUUAGAUUAUGUCGAGUGUGAAGGAACAGAAUAUAACAUAGCAGACUGUGCCCAUGGAGGGAUUGGAGAUUAUACUUCAUGCGGACAUUCCAGGGAUGCAGGCGUCAUUUGUUAUUCCGGAGCCCAUACUCAGCAAUUUGAAGUUCGUCUUGUCGGUGGGUCUAACGAAGCUGAAGGUAGAGUAGAGGUACUGAACGAUGGAUCCUGGGGAACUAUUUGUGAUGACAGCUGGGAUCUGAGAGACGCGAGGGUGGUUUGUAGAAUGCUGGGAUUUGGUGGAGCGUUGGACGCACCGGGAUCUGCUAGGUUUGGUGAAGGUUUAGGGAAUACUCUUCUAGAUGAUGUGGAUUGUUCGGGUACAGAAGACAACCUAGCAGAAUGUCCACAUAGAGGGGUUGAAGUUCAUGACUGUGGACACAGCGAAGAUGCUGUUUUAUCGAGGAUUGUAGGAUUAAAACAGCCUCACAUGACUUUUAACCAAACAUUAUACAAAUGUCAGUUGGCAAAACUUUUCAUAUAUUUUAACCACCCUGAUUCUCCUUCACAUCCAUUCCAAGUUCGUCUUGGCGAUGGGUCUAACGAUGCUAAGGGCAGAGUAGAGGUACUGUACGAUGGAUCCUGGGGAACUAUCUGUGAUGGCGGCUGGGAUCUGAGAGACGCGAGGGUGGUUUGUAGAAUGCUUGGGUAUGAUGGAGCCUUGGACGCACCGAUAUCUGCUAGGUUUGGUCAGGGCUCUGGUCGUAUUCUUCUAGCGAAUGUCAACUGUAAGGGAAUAGAAGACAACCUGGCAGACUGUGCUCAUGCAGGUAUUGGAGAUUAUACUUCAUGCGGACAUGCAAAGGAUGCAGGUGUCAUUUGUUAUUCCGGAGUUCGUCUUGUCGGUGGGUCUAACGAUGCUGAAGGCAGAGUAGAGGUACUGCAUGAAGGAUCCUGGGGAACCAUCUGUGAUUCAUGGUGGGAUCUGAGAGACGCGAGGGUGGUUUGUAGAAUGCUGGGGUUUGAUGGAGCCUUGGACGCACCGGGAUAUGCUAGGUUUGGUCAAGGAUCAGGGGACAUUCUUCUAGAUGAUGUCGGGUGUGACGGAACAGAAGAUAACCUUGCAGACUGUGCUCAUUUAGGGAUUCGAGUUCACAACUGUGGACAUAUUGAAGAUGCAGGCACUAUUUGUUACUUAGGGACCCAUCCGAAUCCAUUUCAAAUUCGUCUUGCCAAUGGAUCGAAUGAUGCUGAAGGAAGAGUAGAGGUACUGUACGAUGGAUCCUGGGGAACUAUAUGUAAUUCAUGGUGGGAUCUGAGAGACGCGAGGGUGGUUUGUAGAAUGCUGGGAUUUGAUGGAGCCUUGGACGCACCGAGAUCUGCUAGGUUUGGUCAAGGCUCUGGUCGUGUUCUUCUUUCCUAUGUCGGGUGUGAUGGAACUGAAGACAACCUAGCAGACUGUGCUCAUGCAGGGAUUGAACGUUACCUAUGCAGACAAACAAGGGAUGCAGGAGCCAUUUGCUACUCAGGAAUCCAUCCAAAACCAUUUCAAGUUCGUCUUGUCGGUGGGUCUAACGAUGCUGAGGGCAGAGUAGAACUCAAUCACAAUGGAUCCUGGGGAACUAUCUGUGACUAUUUAUGGGAUUUGAGGGACGCGAGGGUGGUUUGCAGAAUGGCAGGUUUUGAUGGAGCCUUGGACGCACCUGGAUCUGCACGGUUUGGUCAGGGAUCUGGUCGUAUUCUACUAAAGUAUGUCACUUGUGACGGAAAUGAAGAAAACCUAGUUGACUGUGCUCACGCAGGGAUUGAACGUUACUCAUGCAGUCAUACAAGGGAUUCAGGAGUCAUUUGCUACUCUGGAAUCCAUCCAAAACCAUUUCAAGUUCGUCUUGUCGGUGGGUCUAACGAUGCUGAGGGCAGAGUAGAACUCAAGCACAAUGGAUCCUGGGGAACUAUCUGCGACGAUUUAUGGGAUUUGAGGGACGCGAGGGUGGUUUGCAAAAUGGGAGGGUUUGAUGGAGCCUUGGACGCACCGAGAUCUGCACGGUUUGGUCAGGGCUCUGGUCGUAGUCUGCUAAAGUAUGUCAAUUGUGACGGAACUGAAGACAACCUAGCAGACUGUGCUCAUGCAGGGAUUGGACGUUACAUAUGUAGUCAUACGAGGGAUGCAGGCGCUGUUUGUUAUUCGGGAGCUGCACCUGGUAGUGCUAGGUUUGGUGCCGGAAGCGGUGAAAUCUUGUUUGAUGACGUUGGAUGCAAGGGCACAGAAGAUGCACUUGCUGAGUGCUACCAUCGAGGGCUUGGAAUCAACAACUGUGAACAUGAUAGGGACGCUGGUGUCAUUUGUUUUACAGGAGCACCAUUUCUAGUUAAGCUCGUUAACGGAUCUACCGACCUUGAAGGACGAGUAGAGGUCUUGUAUGAUGGUUUUUGGGGAACCGUUUGUGAUCAUGAGUGGGAUCUAAGAGACGCAAGGGUCGUGUGUAAAAUGCUGGGGUUUGAUGGAGCCUUAACCGCACCAGGCUCUGCUGCGUUUGGCCAAGGUUCAGGAGAUAUACUACUUGAUGAUAUAUCCUGUGAAAGUACACACGAUAACCUGGCAGACUGUUAUCAUCGAGGGAUUGGCGUCUCCGAUUGCAAACACGAAGAGGAUUCCGGAGCCAUUUGUUUCAGAGGAGACCCAUUCAAGGUUCGUCUCACCGAUGGAGCGAAUGAUUCAGAGGGUAGAGUAGAGGUGAUGUACAAUGGAUCAUGGGGAACUGUCUGUGACAAUGGCUGGGAUACGAACGACGCGAGAGUUGUUUGCAGAAUGUUGGGGUUUGAUGGAGCUUUGGCAGCAACAGUUUCUGCACGGUUUGUUCGUCUGAUCGGUGGAACUAAUGACGCUGAAGGUAGAGUAGAGAUUCUACACGAUGGAUCAUGGGGGACUGUCUGCGACGAUUCGUGGGAUCUCAAGGACGCCGAGGUUGUUUGCAGAAUGUUAAGCUUUGAAGGAGCUUUGGACGCUCCACUUGGAGCUCGAUUUGGUAAAGGAUCUGGGAGCAUCUUUCUUGAUGAAGUUCAGUGCCACGGGACAGAAACUGACAUUGAACGUUGCGAUCAUGACGGCAUUGGUAUAAACAACUGCGCCCACAACGAGGAUGCCAGCGUUAUUUGCAUCCAAAAAGGCAGAGUAGAGGUCAUGUACGAUGGAUCCUGGGGAACUAUCUGUGAUGGUGACUGGGAUCUGAGGGACGCGAGGGUGGUUUGUAGAAUGCUGGGGUUUGAUGGAGCCUUGGACGCACCGAGAUCUGCUAGGUUUGGUCAGGGCUCUGGGCGUAUUCUUUUCAAUUGGGUCACGUGUGGUGGAACAGAAGACCAAUUAGCAGACUGUGGUCAUCAAGGAAUAGGAGACUUUAGUUCCUGUGGUCAUGCGAGGGACGCUGGAGCUAUAUGUUAUUCAGAGGAUCCAUUCCAAGUUCGUCUUGGCGAUGGGUCUAACGAUGCUAAGGGCAGAGUAGAGGUACUGUACGAUGGAUCCUGGGGAACUAUCUGUGAUGGCGGCUGGGAUCUGAGAGACGCGAGGGUGGUUUGUAGAAUGCUUGGGUAUGAUGGAGUCUUGGACGCACCGAUAUCUGCUAGGUUUGGUCAGGGCUCUGGUCGUAUUCUUCUAGCGAAUGUCAACUGUAAGGGAAUAGAAGACAACCUGGCAGACUGUGCUCAUGCAGGUAUUGGAGAUUAUACUUCAUGCGGACAUGCAAAGGAUGCAGGUGUCAUUUGUUAUUCCGGAGUUCGUCUUGUCGGUGGGUCUAACGAUGCUGAAGGCAGAGUAGAGGUACUGCAUGAAGGAUCCUGGGGAACAAUCUGUGAUGACUGGUGGGAUCUGAGAGACGCGAGGGUGGUUUGUAGAAUGCUGGGGUUUGAUGGAACCUUGGAAGCCAAGGGAUCUGCUAGGUUUGGUCAAGGAUCAGGGGACAUUCUUCUAGAUGAUGUUGGGUGUGACGGAACAGAAGAUAACCUUGCAGACUGUGCACAUUUAGGGAUUCGAGUUCACAACUGUGGACAUGGUGAAGAUGCAGGCACUAUUUGUUACUCAGGAAAUGUACGUCUCGUCAAAAGCUCCAACAAUGCUAAAGGAAGAGUGGAGGUCUUGUACGGUGGAUCGUGGAUGACCGUUUGUGAUAAUUACUGGAAUCUGUGGAAAGCAAGGAUGGUCUGCAAAAUGCUGGGGUUCGACGGAGCUCUGAAAGCACCUGGUUUGGCUAGGUUUGGGCAGGGAACCGGCGAUAUUAUUGGUGUUCAAUGUUACGGGACAGAAGAGAGCUUGACGGACUGUCCAUACCUGUGGACCACCACUUCCUGUAGGCAUAACGAGGAUGCGGCCCAUCCGAAUCCAUUUGAAGUUCGUCUUGUCGGAGGGUCUAAUGAUGCUGAAGGCAGAGUAGAGAUCAUGCACGAUGGAUCCUCGGGAACUAUCUGUGAUUAUUCAUGGGACCUGAGAGACGCGAGGGUGGUUUGCAGAAUGCUGGGGUUUGAUGGAGCCUUGGACGCACCGGGAUCUGCUAGGUUUGGUCAGGGCUCUGGUCGUAUUCUGCUGGUGUAUGUCAAUUGUGACGGAAAUGAAGACAACCUAGCUGAUUGCGCUCAUGCAGGGAUUGAACGUUACCCAUGCGCUCAUACAAGGGAUGCAGGAGCAAUUUGCUACUCAGGAAGUAUGUUUCCCUCUCCCGCAUAA